CGUAGGAGCUUGGAACCGUCGUCACCCCUCCGUGUCUCACCAGGGGGGGAAAAAUGGUUGAAGCAGAUCGCCCAGGAAAGCUUUUCAUUGGUGGCCUCAAUACAGAAACAAAUGAAAAAGCCCUUGAAGCAGUAUUUGGCAAAUAUGGACGAAUAGUGGAAGUUCUAUUGAUGAAAGAUCGUGAAACCAACAAACCGAGAGGAUUUGCUUUUGUCACCUUUGAGAGCCCAGCAGAUGCUAAGGAUGCAGCCAGAGACAUGAGUGGAAAGUCCUUAGAUGGAAAAGCCCUCAAAGUAGAACGGGCCACUAAACCAUCAUUUGAAAGUGGUAGACGUGGACCACCUUCACCUCCAAGAAGCAGAGGCCCUCCAAGAGGUCUUAGAGGUGGAAGAGGAGGAAGUGGAGGAACCAGGGCUCCCUCACGUGGAGGGCACAUGGAUGAUGGUGGCUAUUCCAUGAAUUUUAACAUGAGUUCUUCCAGGGGACCACUUCCAGAAAAAAGAGGACCACCACCACGAAGUGGUGGUCCUCCUCCUAAAAGAUCUGCCCCUUCAGGACCAGUUCGCAGCAGCAGUGGAAUGGGAGGAAGAGCUCCUGUGUCACGUGGAAGAGAUAGUUAUGGAGGCCCACCUCGACGGGAACCCCUGCCCUCUGGUAGAGAUGUUUAUUUGUCCCCAAGAGAUGAUGGAUACUCUACUAAAGACAGCUAUUCAAGCAGAGAUUACCCAAGUUCUCGUGAUACAAGAGAUUAUGCACCACCACCAAGAGAUUAUACUUACCGUGAUUAUGGUCAUUCCAGUUCACGUGAUGACUACCCAUCGAGAGGCUAUAGUGAUAGAGAUGGCUAUGGUCGUGAUCGUGACUAUUCAGAUCAUCCAAGUGGAGGUUCCUACAGAGAUUCAUAUGAGAGUUAGGGUAACUCACGUAGUGCUCCACCUACACGAGGGCCCCCGCCAUCUUAUGGUGGAAGCAGUCGCUAUGAUGAUUACAGCAGCUCACGUGACGGAUAUGGUGGAAGUCGAGACAGUUACUCAAGCAGCCGAAGUGAUCUCUACUCAAGUGGUCGUGAUCGGGUUGGCAGACAAGAAAGAGGGCUUCCCCCUUCUAUGGAAAGGGGGUACCCUCCUCCACGUGAUUCCUACAGCAGUUCAAGCCGCGGAGCACCAAGAGGUGGUGGCCGUGGAGGAAGCCAAUCUGAUAGAGGGGGAGUCAGAAGCAGAUAUUAAAAACAAAACUUUGGACCAAAAUCCCUGUUCAAAGAAACAAACAAAAAAGUGGAACCUUUUCUGUCAUAACUACCCAAGGACUACUAAAAGGAAAAAUUGUGUUACUUUUUUUUUUAAAUUUCCUGUUAAGUUCCCCUUCCAUAAUUUUUAUGUUCUUGUGAGGGAAAAAAAAGUAAAACCUGUUUAAUCUUAUUUGACUUUAUGACAUUGCUUUCAAUAAGCAAAUGUUAAAUGUGUUAAGACUUGACUUGUGUACUAGUGUUGUAAUUUUUCAAGUUAAAAGUGUCCCUAAAGGCCACUUCCUAUAUCUGAUUUUUCCCAGUAAAUGAGGCAAAGCAAUUCUAAGACCUUCCACAAACAUCUAGCCAUCUAAAAUGGAGAGGUGAAUCCUUCUGCCUAUACAAACAAGCUAGCUAUUAGAGGGUGGUCGGGGUAUGCUACUCUAGGAUUUCAGAGUGUCUUCAACUGAAAUCUCAAUGUUCUCAGUAUGAAAAACCUGAGAUCAGAUGCUUAUGUAAGGAAAGUGCUAUUCACCCAGUAAACCCAAAAAAGCAAAUGGAUAAUGCUGGCCAUAUUUUGCCUUUCUGACAUUUCCUUGGGAAUCUACAAGAGUCUCCCCUUUCCCCUCCCCCAAUAAGACCAUUUAAGUGUGUGUUAAGCAACUACAGAAUACUAAAUAAAAAGUUUGACCAAAACCAAAAAA